CUUCGUAUUCAUUUCAUCGGAUUAUUUUAUUUUUCUAUUCUCGAAUAUUUAUCUAAAUAAAAAUUAUCGCGAUCAGAAAGUGUUUUAAUUAUUUCAACUAAAAUUUAUCAAGAUUAUUGAAUGUGAACAGACCUGCUCGGACCUGAUUAUAUGUGAACUCGUUUUUCCCAGGAUAUUACUCCGAAAAUGGACCAAAUGAUAGAUGAUAUUGUACAGGAUUGGAUACUUGAUGCUCCGUUUCCUGAUAUUCAUAAUAUUCUGUUCUCUUCUGAUUCAUCAUCAUCAGAAUCGUCCGAAGACGAUGAAGGUAUCAAUAGAAUUCGAGUUCCACGUAGGUGCGUUCGAAAUUUUGUCGAAAACACCGUUCGUCAGUACAAUGAAAAACAAUUUCGGAAACACUUCAGGCUUCGUCGAUCAACAUUGUAUCAAUUAAUCGAACGAUUUGAGCAGACUAACUUUUUUCAAAAUCUCCCAAUCGGUGGGAUUACUCAUGAACGAGCUCUGCUAAUGACCGUGUGGUAUCUAGCCAAUAUCGAAACAUUUCGUGAAAUAUCAAAUUUAUUCGAUUUUGCACCAAGCGACUCUCAUAGGGUUUUAUUAUGUUCACUGGAUUUUCUAAUUUCUUUAUCUGAAGAAUAUAUACGAUGGCCUGAAACUGCAGCAGAUAAAAUAGAAGUUAGUCGAAAAUUUUCUGAUCUCCAAAACAUAACUCAAAUAAUAGGUGCAAUAGACGGAUGUCAUGUUCGUAUCAGAAGACCAGUACAUCAUCAAGAAGAUUAUUAUAAUCGGAAACGAUAUCACAGCAUUAUUUUGCAAGCAGUUGCAAACAGUGAUAAGGUCUUUACAGACGUAUACAUUGGUGAACCUGGAUCCAUGCACGACGCACGAGUAUUCCGACGAUCUCCUUUAUAUGAAAAAGCUCUCACAGAUCCAAACUUCUUUGGAACAUACUUCUUACUUGGAGACACUGCUUACCCAAGUACACCAUGGAUGAUAACUCCUUUCCGAGAUAAUGGACAUCUCACACCUGGACAACGUCAAUUUAAUUAUCGACACUCAUCAACUCGCAUCGUAAUAGAACAGGCUUUUGGUCUUCUAAGAGCAAGAUUUCGACGAUUAAUUCGCUUCGAUAAUUUGAGAGUUGAUAUUAUCGUAAAAUGUGUUAUGGCCUCAUGUAUUUUACAUAAUAUAUGUAUAUUACAUGAUGAUCCAAUAGAAGAUGAUACAUCAGAUAGUGAAAUAAGUGAUGAAAGUAAUGGAGGAAGUAGUGAAUCCAGUGAAACAAGCAGUGAAAGCCACGAAAGAAUGUAAUAAGCAGUGGAAGCAGUAGCAGUCAGUGUUGUAGUAGCAAAUGUAGGAUAUUUCAUUAACAAUAAUCUAAUCAGAAUGAAAGACUGUUUAUAUUUUACCUGUUGUAGAUUAGCUUCUUAUUCAUGGGUACUAUGAUAAAAUUUUUGUAUCAGGUGCUUGACAAAAUGUUAAAAUGUAAUAUGCUCAGGUGUACAAAUGAUAAUAUUCACAUUUAAUAAUAUGUUUAUAAACUUUUAUUUGUUAUACGAGAUGCCAUUAUAUCUACAUCAUUAUUUUAACAAAUACUUGUAAAGUUUAAUAUAUUAAACUUCCAAUAUAUAAUCAGUCUUCGUUUUUGUAUGCAA